AUGACGAAUGCGAUAUCCGUUACCUUUUCCGCCUGGGCCUUCUCAACCGUCCGUGGCACCCACAUGCAGCUGUUCGCCUAUACUCGGAAACAACCAUUCAAGGUGCUUUGGAAAUUCCUACGAACAGUCCUUCGUAAUCCCCGCCUAGCAGCCCUGGUUCGGACCUUGACCAUCGGGAACUGGGGAUUCUACCCACAUGUCACCUUUGGCAAACCCGAAAAACUGGGUCUAUCAGGAGAGGAUCUAGACCUCAUCCAUGUGGCGAUUGUGAAUGCCGGAAUUCGUUCCCUAGAAGCAGGUAUUAUUGAUGAUUAA